AGUUGAGCAGUUUAUGACUUGAAUGGAGGUGGCUUCGAAUUUCCAAACAUUGUCUUUUGGACCUCGAAUCAGUCGAACCCACUUCGGAAAUAUCGUCAGCCAACUCAUUAGUCUACAGAGAAGCCCCCUCCUGAGCUAGGGGGUAGGAAGGUUGCCAACACAGCAUUAUUCAAUUGAUGUCUGCCUUUGGAGUGAUGUAUCUGCUCAUUAUUCUCAGGAGACAAAUCUGGCAAUUGAGUUUGCUUCCCUUUAUGCAGCUGCUUUUCCACAUCAGCUUGCACUUCUGGAACCUGCCCCUCUUGAUGAUUUGAAUCACUUCUUCUUGGAACUUGCUUAGCAGGUUGUGAAUUCUGCUUCAGAACUUCACAGUUGUGCCCUAUCUUCAUGCAUUUUCCACAAUAGGUUGGCUUCCAUUCAAAUUCUACCUUCUGUUGAAAUGUUCUCCCAGAGGGAUCCAUCACUUGCACUACAUCAGGGACACAUUGAGUUCAGAGGAUACAUAGCUUCAGCUCAUUCCAACAUCAAUGGUGUUCAGACUGAUAAUCGCUUUCCUUCACCUUUUCAAAUGCAAUCCAAUGCAGUUUCAACUGGCAGAAUUAAAAUAGGGUCUGGACAUUUUCCUGGACAUGGUGCUUUUGAUUCAAGAAGUGAAACUUUCACGCCUUUUAGGCAGGGCCCCCAUUCACAUUCACUGAGACCAUGCCGGGUCAUGAGUGAGGAUUCCGAGGGAACUUUGAGUGGUGAAAACAUCUUGCUAAAUGAGGAAAGCUUGGCACAGGAUCUUAAGACUGCUAUUAAAGAGGAGAACUAUGCCCGAGCAGCAAAGAUUAGGGAUAGCCUCCGGCUACUCCAAGAGGACAGUAAGGCCUGUGUACUAGCAGCAAAUGCUCGCUUUUACAAUUCUUUCAGAAAUGGAAACUUAGCUGCAAUGCAAGCCCUCUGGUCACAAGGUGAGAAUGUUUGUGUCGUGCACCCUGGUGUUAGUGGCAUAAUAGGCUAUGAUCUCGUAAUGGGAAGCUGGGAGUUUGUCUGGGCAGAAUAUGAUUUUCCACUUGAUAUCGAGAUCAGGGAUGUUCAAGUUCACGUUAGAGGUGAUAUCGGGUAUGUUACAUGCAUUGAGAUGGUCAAAACUAAAGGCAGCAGCUGGGGAAAACAAUUUGCUACCAAUGUUUUUGAGAAGGUUGAUGGGCAAUGGUGUAUGUGUAUUCAUCAUGCAUCCUAUAUCGACUUGUAAAAUGUGAACUAUAAAGUUCUUGUAGAAGUUGUGGAUAUUGAGUGAUGAAUAUGUUAGGCGCGCAGAAGUUUUGUAGCUUUUCUUCUACUAUAGUUGUGACCUAUUAUUAAUGAAUUAUAAUACUUUGCUAAUGAGAAGAGGUAAUGGAUGUAUUAUGAUCUUUGUGUUGUAUCUCUGAAUGUUUUGGUAAUCGCACCUUUUUGUUGUUA